GGACACAGGCUGGCAUUGCCAUCAGAAAAACACGAAACCCCUCUUCGUUUCACUUUCAAACUGUCCCGUCUUCAAAGGCCAUUGAUCUCCAUUCUCCCUCACACAGCAAAAACCUAAGGCUACAAGGAAGAAGAAAAAGCUAACAGCAGCAGCAUGAGUUACCAAAGAGUACCUCAAGACCCUUACCCUCCUCCUGGGUAUGCCUCUCCUUAUCCACCCCCACCCCCAUCUGGAUACCCUUCUGCUCCACCUUACGAAGGCUACCCACCACCGCCGCCUCCAGGUUAUCCACCGUAUCCUCAGCCGCAACGCCAGCCUUACGAGGGUUACCAAGGGUAUUUUGCUGAAGGGUAUCCACCACCACCACCUCCACCUCCAGGUCAUCCUCAAUAUCACCACUGCCACUACGAGCAUCACCAUCACCACAAUCAUUCUGAUGAUGGCUGUUUCUCUUUCUUAAAAGGCUGUUUGGCUGCUCUAUGUUGUUGCUGCAUGUUGGAGGAAUGCUGCUUUUAGUGAAGUUCUACUUUGCAUUUUGUGGAGGUCAGGUCAUAUGCUAUGUAUUGGGUUCCGUACCCAUCUAUUAUUAUAAUUUAUCUACUCAAACCUUAUAAACCAAAGUUUCCAUUAUAAAUACAGGCUGCUCUGAGUUCCCGUUGUAUAUAA